AUGGCUCUUCAAUCAAACUGCGUAGCGCCGGGCCGGCGGUACUCCCAGUCGCGGUGCGGCGGCGGCGGCGGCGCGGGCCAGCCGCUGUCGCAGUCGUCGUCCCGCACCAGCAGCCACUCGCCCCGCAAGGCCCCGCGCUCGCCGCCAGGCGGCGCGGCGGCGGGGUGGCCGGCGGAGCGGAAGGGGCCCUGCGGAGACGAAGAAGAAGAAGAAGAAGAGGAGGACGACGACGAAGAGGAGGAGGAGGAAGAAGAAGAGGAGGAGGACGAGGUGGCGCGCCUGCACAGCGAGUUUCGCAGCUCCCGCGCCGCGUCGGCGCCGCUCCACAGGGGCCCCGCGGCGCUGUGUAGGGGGGACGCGCCCUGCCAGGAGCAGCAGGGCGAGAUUCCGCGCUUCAUCCACAUCCGCGUGGACCGCGUGCCGUCCUCCGCGUCCGAGGCAGGCCCAGGCUCAGGCCCGUGUCCAGACCCAAGCCCGAGCCCAGGCUCAGGCCCAGGCCCAGGCCCCGGUCCAGGCCCCGGCCCGGGCCCAGGCGCCUGUCCAGGCGCCGAGCUGUUCGUCGGCCUCGGCCCCACGUCGGGCGCCCCGCCGCGGGCGGCCUUCACGCGCGGCCGCUACUCGCCCGCGGCGUCGCCCUCGCAGCAGCUGCCUCCCGCGCGGUCUUCGCCGGGCCCUCUGCUCCCGCCGUCGCCCUCGCCGCCGCCCCCCGGGCAGUGCCGCUUCGCGCCGCGCGUGCGGCCCCCGGGGUCGCUGACGGGCGCGCCCCCGCUGCCCGCGCGCAGGAGGCCCCCGCCCCCGCCCACCGCCGCCACCACCUCCACCCCCGGCGUCCCUGCCGGCUCCUGCGCACACUACCAGGUGCGCACCGCGCCCAGGUUUCCUGACAGACAUGCAUCCGCUCCUUUAUAUAUGGCGAGGAUUGCUGUUCCAGCUGCAGUUGCGGAUGCAGAAACUACCAGACACCCAACCGUCGACCUUUUACACCGGUGCCAGCAUGUCGUCCUGCUGAUUCUUCAGAUUCAUCUACAGAUUCCUCAUACCCAUCCAGAAGAGGUAGUGUCUGAAUAUUAUCCAGCUACCCCUGUGAGCGCGAGCCGCACCAUGGAGUAUCAGUGUGGAGAAUACAACCCACCACCAAUAUAUUCUAAGAGGACAGGCAGUUUGCUAGACAAUUACGAAUCUUCAGGGUACCACACAGCAGGAGCAGAACUCCCAGAUGAUUUUCCUUUAACAUCGACCCGCUUAGAUAUGGACGCUUCAAUGCCGCCACAACCGCAGCAACAGCCGCAGCCACACCCGCAGCCGCAGUUGCUGCAGCCGCCUCCGCACACCCCGGCAGCAAAC